UAAAUAAGCAUUUUCGAUGGAACAAACUCUUGUCACUAAUAUUGAUUUAAUUUGAAAUCACAAGAUAAUAAUUAACUUAUUAUUGUGAAAUGUAAAUUGUAGAAAUUGGCAAAGAGAUUUAAGAUUUCAGGAUUACAUUAUUUGAUCAAAAAAAGAAGAUAAAAUAGAACAAGAUGACACAGGCUAUGAUGCGGGUGAUUGAGAAGAAAGGGAUUGUAAAGGUUCCUGAGGAAUAUGUUCAAAGAGAAAAAUUUACGACAAGUUCUCAGCUAGAGGACGAUGAUGACCUUGUAGCCACUUGUUUAGCCAAGCUCCAAGAUGGUAUAAAAGUCACUCCAUUAGAAGCGACAGAUGCUCUUAAGCAGUACAGAAAGUUUCAAAAUGAAAUGGGACGACUACAAACGCUUAUCAGCAGACCCUCGAGAUAUCCGAAGAUGACAUCUAGCCUUUACAUGCAAGAAAAAAGUUUCAAAGAUAGAACAAAGAAAAUAAUAGAAGCAAAGGAGAAAGAGAUCGUUUCAAUGAAACAAAAGGUGACGGAAAUGUCUCUCAGAUUAAGUGCUAUACUCGGUACUCAGGUUGUUGAACCAGAUGAGAAGAAAAGUGAUCUUACAGAUAGCAUUAAGCCAGUGGAUAUAGCAGAAAACUACAGAGCAAUUUAUGAUAAUGAAUACCAAACAGCGUAUGAAGAACUUGCAAUAGCCCUUGAUGAAGCAAAGGUUUUAGUAUAUCUUGGCAAAGUAACAUGGGCUGCCUAUGAAUUCGGAAAAGAUAUGGCAAAACAGCAACUUGAGGAUCUGAUGAGAAAGGAAAUGGAGAUUCUUAAGAUAAUGUCAAAGCCAAGCUAUGAGGAGAAAGAACAACGAAAACCAAUAGUAGCUGAUGGUAUUUCAGCCAGAAAGUUUGAGAGGGAUGAAACAUUACAACUUUUGAAAGACUAUCGAAGGUGUCUAGCUCGGACGUCGGUCCCUGGUGUAAAACAGAUAUUUAUAACUCUAAUGACACGAUCCCCUCCUCAGAAAGGAGGAACAUUGACAAUUGGUGUGAAGAAGUAUAUCCUGAAGGUUGUAGAGCAAACGUACUUAAUGUGUAUACAGGUAAGAUUUGGAGAUAUUCUGGACACGGAGAAAUACAAGCCCUACUCGGGGGAAGGUAGUACAAUUGUUGGGACUAUCUGGCCAGUAGUCCUUCGGCACAAAGGAGGCCCAGUCAUGAGUAGGGGUAUAGUGGAUGUGAUGUACGGUCAAAUAGCCGAAACAAAAUCAGUUACUAUACAGAAAUACAAACAUGAUAAAUAA